GGGUGUAACUGUGUGUGGGUGUAACUGCUGGUAACCAGGCAGGGACGAAACUUGUCUCUUGGGGAUGUGGGGGGAGCGACUUAAUCAGCAAUGAAUACAACUAGAGAGAGAGAGAGGGAAAAAAAGCACACACAUACGCAAAACAGUCUCACUCGCACUGCUUCGAGCUUAGAGAGCACAGCCUCCAGGUCACUCACCGCCAGAAACAACAAUAAUCCAAUCCUGACAAGCAAAUUAACUAAAACGUAUAACAAAAGCCGACUCCUGGUGCUCCUGCUGCUGUUGUUUCUGGUGAUGGCGCCAACAGAAAUUACUUGCGUUCUCCGUGGGACUCAGGAUGAAUUGAUAUAAGAUAAUCGGAGUAGCUGUUUAGAUUACAAUGAUCAAGAAAGCAGCUCAUGUUUAAUGUUUGACUUCUCUACCAGAAGGACAACAGGCUGAACCUACUAAAAGGAGUUUCAUCGGUGGUGGUGCUGUCAUAAUACAGUGAAGCAAGGCUAUUAUGCGCAAGCUUGAGGGGGCAAAAUGCAGAUUCCUGUUGUGCCUGGGGAUUAGUGUUAUGGUCUUGUCCGUUUUUUACUUAAUGACCAGAGCGCCAACAGAGGCCCUAAGAGUCCCCAAGCCAACUUGCAGGUCCUUUUCCACUGAGUGUAAAGCUUUCCUCCCUAACACUGAAGGAGGAAAGGAAUGGCACCAUCAUGACUGCAAGGUAGAAAACUAUAUUCUGAAUAGUCAUGUGGAGUGCUCAAAUUUGACCAGAGACCUUCAUUUUAUCACAAGACCACUAAGCCUCGAGGAGGAGGACUACCCUUUAGCAUUCAUUGUGACUGUGCACAAGGAGCUGGAGCUUUUUGUGCGCCUAUUGCGGGCCAUUUACAUGCCCCAAAAUGUCUACUGCAUUCAUGUAGAUGCUAAGGCUCCGUCGGAGUACCAAGCGGCUGUACGGAAACUCGUCAGCUGCUUUGAAAAUACUUUCCUCUCCAGCCGCAGCGAAACUGUAACCUACGCUGGGUUUUCCCGUCUGCAGGCAGAUUUGAACUGUAUGAAGGAUUUAGUAAGGUCUAAGAUAGGCUGGAGAAAGGUGGUGAAUCUGUGUGGACAGGACUUCCCUGUCAAGACCAACCUGGAACUGGUGCAGUACAUGCAAAGCAAAGAGUGGAGGGACAGAAACAUGACCCCUGGGAUCAAGCAGCCAGUGCAUAUGAGGUACAGGACACGACUCCAGCACAAGGAGAUCACUGGAUCUCAUGUAACUCAGAAAGGGAAGGGACUACAUAAAGGUCCUCCUCCACACAAUCUGCAGGUGUAUUUUGGAACAGCCUACUACGCUCUCACGAGGGCCUUUGUAGACUUUGUUCUGGAAAGUCCAAUAGCCUUCGACCUCUUGGAGUGGUCCAAAGACACAUUCAGCCCAGACGAGCACUACUGGGUGACACUCAACCACAUCAAAGAAGCUCCAGGCAGCCACAUAGAUGGAGGUUGGGCAGGAGACAUCCGGGCAAUCAAGUGGAGGGAUCAAGAAGGACGGAUACACAAUGGUUGCAAAGGGCAUUAUGUACGAGACAUUUGUAUUUAUGGAGUGGAAGACCUGCCAUGGAUCAUCAACAGGAACAGCAUGUUUGCCAAUAAGUUUGAGAGUAGUACUUUUCCCAAGGCGGUGGACUGUCUAGAGCUGUGGCACAGGAGCAAGGUGCUGAGGCAGGCAACCGUUUCCAUAGAGCCAUCAUGGCUGCUGGCCACACAAAGCAACUUCACUAGCGGCAGCUACUUCAACGUCAGUGCUAGAGCAUGAAAUCACAGUUGGUAUCCUAAGCAAAAGCUGGGAUACAGUACAUGCAGCACAGAUUGUUUGCACUCAUUCAGUGGCCAAGAAGAGAUUGCAGGGAGGACGCACUGCUCACUUUGAACACACUGUACAGACUCCGCUAUAUGACUACUGUCAACAGGUAUACGUGUCUAUUUAUGAAAAUGUAAGCUGACUGUUGUUUUUGAUGAUCGAGAAACAAUAUUUAUGCCAUUCAUUUCAGUUUGAAAUGUUACUGCCAUUGAUGACCAGAGAAUAUAAGUAUCUUUAGAGCAAAGAAAAGCUGUUACCGCAUGUUAAUAAGUCAAAUGACUCCCAUAGAGAAAGCAUAUGCAUAAAUAAAAAUAAAAUAUCGUGUGACACAACUACACAACACAAAGUAUUGAAUAAACAAUUGAAUAUUCAUUUAAUUUAAUUUAUUAUUUAAUUGCUUUAAUUUGAUAUUGUUCAGCAUGUUGUCUGGUAAAAAAAACACUUGUUCAUAAAAUUGUUGUCCGUUUUUCUUUUGUAAUGGAUUAGAUAGCAGCAGAUGCAAUACAAUAAAGACA